AUGGUCAACGGAAAGUGGCGUUCGGUCUGGAGUUUGAGUUUCCCGGGAAUGGGUUCGCGAGCGGAACUGAAGGGUGCGAUCAAAGUGCAGGUGCACUACUUCGAGGACGGAAAUGUGCAACUCUUCAGUGUUAAGGACUAUUCAAAACCAAUCACUAUUACUAAUGAGAAACAAUUGGCAGAAGAAAUAAAACAAUUGAUCGAAGAAUCGGAAGACGAUUACCAAACGGCCAUUUGUGACAAUUAUCAAACAAUGUCUGAAACCACGUUCAAAGCUCUCCGAAGAGCGCUUCCAGUGCUUAAGGGGAGACUCGACUGGAAUCGAAUCGUCAAUUACACGAUUGGCAAUGAAUUGAAGCCUUACAAAGUCUGA